UACAGAACCCCGCUACUAUCACUAGAAUACUUCUGAGUCAUUUCAACUGGGACAAGGAGAAGUUAAUGGAGAGGUAUUUUGAUGGCAACUUGGAGAAGCUCUUCUCAGAAUGUCAUGUCAUUAACCCUAGUAAGAAAUCACGAACACGGCCCAUGAGUACGCGUUCCUCUGCCCAAGAUAUGCCCUGUCAGAUCUGCUACUUGAACUAUCCAAAUUCAUAUUUCACAGGCCUUGAGUGCGGUCACAAGUUCUGCAUGCAGUGCUGGAGUGAAUACUUAACCACCAAAAUUAUCGAGGAAGGAAUGGGACAGACCAUUUCUUGCCCUGCUCAUGGCUGUGACAUAUUAGUUGAUGACAAUACAGUAAUGCGUCUGAUUACAGAUUCAAAAGUGAAAUUAAAGUAUCAACAUUUAAUAACUAAUAGCUUUGUGGAGUGUAAUAGACUUCUGAAGUGGUGUCCUGCUCCAGACUGCCAUCAUGUUGUUAAAGUUCAGUAUCCUGACGCCAAACCCGUACGUUGCAAAUGUGGCCGUCAGUUCUGCUUCAAUUGUGGAGAGAAUUGGCAUGAUCCAGUUAAAUGUAAGUGGCUUAAAAAAUGGAUAAAAAAGUGUGAUGAUGACAGUGAGACAUCAAACUGGAUUGCAGCUAAUACAAAGGAAUGUCCCAAAUGUCAUGUGACCAUAGAGAAAGAUGGAGGCUGCAAUCAUAUGGUAUGCCGGAACCAAAACUGCAAGGCAGAAUUUUGCUGGGUAUGCCUGGGUCCUUGGGAGCCCCAUGGAUCAGCUUGGUAUAAUUGUAAUCGCUACAAUGAGGACGAUGCAAAGGCUGCUCGAGAUGCACAAGAGCGUUCCAGAGCAGCUUUACAGAGAUACUUAUUCUACUGCAAUCGCUACAUGAACCACAUGCAGAGCCUGCGAUUUGAGCACAAGCUGUAUGCCCAAGUCAAACAGAAAAUGGAGGAGAUGCAGCAGCACAACAUGUCAUGGAUUGAAGUGCAGUUUCUUAAAAAGGCAGUGGAUGUGUUGUGCCAGUGCCGCUCCACACUCAUGUAUACUUAUGUCUUCGCAUUCUACCUCAAGAAGAACAACCAGUCAAUUAUCUUUGAGAAUAAUCAAGCUGACUUAGAGAAUGCGACAGAAGUUCUGUCUGGAUAUUUGGAAAGGGAUAUUUCCCAGGAUUCCCUUCAAGAUAUAAAGCAGAAAGUACAAGACAAGUACAGAUACUGUGAGAGUAGGAGGCGGGUUCUGCUUCUUCAUGUGCACGAAGGUUAUGAAAAGGACUUGUGGGAAUAUAUUGAGGACUGA